CGUACAACCUUAUGAGACCUCAACUAUUUCACUACACUGCCCUGCGCUACACUUCACUACAACUCCCUACACUACUAUUAUCAUUCUUUCAAAUAUCAAUUAGAUAAUUACUUGGAAAAGGCUUUCACUCGAAUUGAUUGUUCUUUUGACCAUCAGCCACGAUUCAAUCAAUUCCUUUGAACAAUCUUCGGCACCUUUCUUAUCGUCACUCCGGAGGAUGAUUAAAGUUUCUAUCGUACUGAAAUUCAAAACCAUAAUCCCAGUACCAGCAAUCCUACCACACUACCUUUCCAAGGACGUUCAGACUCAUCAAACAGACCAUCAUUCUGCAAUUAUCUAAUCCCACGUCUCAAGAUCAUUCGACUAAGGUGGCUUCGAAUUGAACCACGCAAAUAUACCGUCCUCGGCCAACGCUCAUUUCAAAACCUCAAUCAUCAACCUCGAGAAACACCGGCAUAAUGAAGGCUACGCCCUUGAUCAUCAACUGGCAUGAUCAAAAUUCUCCCAUAUAUAGUUGUGAUUGGGAAAAGACAGGAAAAGGAAGAUUAGCUACUGCAGGAGGGGAUGGGAACGUUAGGGUGCGUUUAGUCUACUCGAAAUCGAAAUAUGAGAGAUACUGAUUGGGCUAUAGUUAUGGAAGAUAGAAUCCGAUGGAGAGGACCGCAAGAUUGAAUAUUUGGCUACUCUGCAAAAACAUACACAAGCAGUUAACGUAGUAAGAUGGGCUCCGAAAGGUAUGAGCACAAGAUCUUACAUUUCAAAAUGGAGUGAGGCUGAUCAAUUUUGUAGGAGAGCUACUAGCAUCUGCUGGAGACGAUGGAAAUGUCCUGCUUUGGGUACCUAGCGAAGCUUCAAAUAUUACACCUGCAUUUGGGGGAGAUGGAUUUGAAGAAAAGGAAACAUGGCGGACGAAACAUAUGUGCAGAUCAUCUGGUGCUGAAAUAUAUGAUUUGGCUUGGUCUCCAGAUUCCGUUUACUUCAUAAUUGGGAGUAUGGAUAAUGUUGCGAGGAUAUACAAUGCUCAAACUGGUAUGCGAUCAUGACCAUGGGUCCCUCCAUAUGGAAAGCUAAUCAAUCAUAUCUAGGUCAAUUGAUUAGGCAAAUCGCGGAGCAUCAGCACUAUGUUCAGGGUGUUGCAUGGGAUCCAUUAAAUGAAUAUAUCGCGACACAGUCCUCCGAUCGAUCCGUACAUAUUUAUACUUUGAGAACGAAAGAUGGACAAUUCAGUCUCGAUAACCGGGAGGAACCGAAGAGGAUUGGGCAUAAUUUGAAGAUGGAUUUACCUGGAAGAAGGAUCUCCUCCAAUAGUCCAGCACCUCCCGAGCUUGGAUUUCGAUCACAAUUUCCACCAGAAACACCAAAUAUAAUAGGUUCACCAGGACCAUCAUGCCCAGGUACACCAACUUCUAUGGCAUUACCAAUGAAUCCUCCUAGUGUUAUUAGUCACAGUAGAAGAUCUUCAUUUGGUGCUUCUUCUCCUGCAAUGUCUAUGCGAAGAUCAGCUUCCCCUGCACCUUCUAUGCCAUUACCCGCCGUCAUGCCGAUGGAAGCAUCACCAAAACCAUAUUCGAUGAUUGGACUUGGAGUUAAAAAUGCCCAUAUCUACGCCAAUGAAACUCUCAAAUCAUUUUUUCGCAGAUUAGCAUUCACGCCCGAUGGUAGUCUUCUUUUUACACCGGCCGGUCAAUAUCAAACACAACAUAAAGGAUCAGAAGAUGGUGCGAAGAUGAUGUAUGAAGUGAUUAAUACGGUUUAUAUCUACACAAGAGGUGGAAUUAACAAACCUCCUGUCGCUCAUUUACCUGGUCAUAAGAAACCUUCUGUGGCCGUUAAAUGCUCACCAAUUUACUACACAACACGAAAAGUUCCCCCACCAGUUACAAAACAUAUUAGCAUUGAUACAUCAUCAGCUGAUGACACGAUGGCAGCGUUACCAGAGCCAGCGAUGGUUCCUAAAUCACCAUCUCAUGCAUCAAUGGAACCACCUCCACUUGUAUCACAAAGUAGUGAUUCGCCAAGACCUAGUUCUUCAUCUAGACUAAAGACUUUGGAGGUUGAAACAAGCGUAACUUCUCAAGGUCCAACGAUGGCAUUUUCUUUACCGUAUCGUAUGGUUUAUGCUGUUGCAACAGAGGAUUCAGUCUUAUUGUAUGAUACACAGCAACAAACCCCGCUUUGUAUAGUGAGCAAUUUACAUUGUGCAACUUUUACAGAUUUAUCCUGGUAUGCUUACACUAAUCCAUGAAAAUUGAAUAACGCUGAUUGUUUUAGGUCAUCUGAUGGAACUACAUUAUUGAUGACGUCUUCGGAUGGUUUCUGCUCAACAUUAACUUUUACACCUGGUGAACUUGGUCAAAUUUAUGAUGAAGAAAUCCCAAUCGCAAAACGUUCACUCGUAAGUGGUUCGGCUGUCUCAUCAACACAGAAUACACCCAUGGCAACCCCAACAGCUGGUAUUGCACCUCCAUCACCAUUUCCAAUCCCAAAUAAUCAUCAUCGUACAUCCUCAAAUCCUAUGGUUGCACCAUCACCUCCUCCUGCUCCCGUCACAACUUUCCGACCUUCUUCACCCACUCGAUCAAAUUCAACCUCUUCGGUAGCAACACAAUCUUCUUAUGCGACACCAGCUCUUGGUGCGAUUAUAAGUAAUCCAACUCCAUUGGCGAGUAGUCUUCCAGGUAUUGCCGCUGCGAACAUUGCAUCAGGUGUACCUAUAACGACACCUCCACAAACUCCUCGAAGUACUACUGGUUCGUUAGCUGGCAUUAAACGACCAGGUGAUGCAAGCGAAAGUGAAAAAGAAGAUGUUACAGCAGGACAUGAAAAGAAAAAGAGAAGAAUUGCACCUACUCAAAUCUCUUCUUUAACGAACCCUAGAAGUGGAUUAAUGGAUUGAUUUGAUGUAUUCUUCCUUAUCCACGCAAACAGCUUUCUUGGUGCGGCGGUCAGUCCAAAAAGCUACUGCGAAUGAAAUAAUAUAAUAGCAAAUGCACUAUUUUCUAUUAGUUUAUCAUCGAUUUAGUGGAUUCGGUAUAUUCUUUUUAUAUCUUACUGUUCAUAAAGUUUGAUAAUUAUAAACCAAAACCUUUGUUUCAUCCAGCCACGCCAGGUUUUGGCUUCCUGUCUACUAUGAUAAAUCAAAGGAAUUCUAUAACAAUUGAAAACAACUAACCUUCGGUAAACUAUCUCGUCCCUUAG